AGAAAUCAAGAUAUCAUCACACAACUUCCACUCCCAACAACAGUGGUGGACUUCUGGCGUCUCAUUACUCAAAUGAAAAUUUCCUUAGUUGUUGCAUUUGAGGAGCAAUUAAAAACUACAGAUUCGGUAAUUAGUUUUUUGACAUAUUAUUGAUUUACUUUUCCAUAUGUGUUACAUUAGACUGAAAUUCAUACCAAACAAAAAUUAUUUUACACGAUGACCUCUUUCAUGAAAAUUAUAAGUUUGUUAUCAAAAAAAAAAAAUUACUUCUCCUCAUUCUUAAAUGUAUAAAUGCCUUGUAAUGGCGAUAUGUAGUUGCAAUAACAAUGAACAAUGGGUAAGUAUACCCAUAACCUGUUUUGUAUAUCAACAUUCAGACGAUAGGUCAAUAUCUGCCAGCCAGUCAAACAGAAAAAGCCAGCUUCCCCCCAUUUCACGUCAAUAUGGGAACAUUAUAUCAAGGAUCUGACUGGGAAGAACGAAAACUCAUUGUA